AAGUCUGUGGUAAUAGUAACUGGUCAACAAUGGAUUAUUUGUUACGAAACACGAAAUGAGUUUACGACUCAAAAAACUUUUGCUAGAUAAGGUCCGAGCCUGUUACACUAAUAAAACACCUGUACUUAAUAAUUUAUAUAUUUCAUAUAAACAUGAUGAAAAUAAGUUUCUUAUCAAAUUGUUCCAAGAAAUUGAGCAACAGGGAAAUGAAACAAGAUAUGGCAAAACGGAAAGUAAACUAGAAACUUUAGAAGUAAAUGUAGAUAAAGAUACUUUUAUUAAGAAUGUCCUGUUUAAAACGUCACCUGAACUUACCUUUGAAGCGAAACCAAAACAUAUAGUUAUUGAUUUCAGUUCUCCAAAUAUAGCAAAGCCUUUUCAUGCUGGCCACCUAAGAUCAACUAUUAUUGGCAACUUCAUAGCUAAUAUCAAUAAAUAUUUCAAUAAUAAAGUUACAAAAAUCAAUUAUUUAGGUGACUGGGGAACACAGUUUGGUAUUCUCCAAUAUGGAUUACAAAUGAAGAAUAUUGAUCUUGAUGAAUUACAAAGUGAUGCUAUUAAGAAUUUAUAUAAUAUCUAUGUAUAUGCAAAUAAAUUAUCAACAGUUGAUGCAAGUGUACUAGAGCAAGCCAGAAAAUACUUUGCAGAUAUAGAAAUGGGUAAUGCAGAUUUAGGGAAUUGGAGAAAAAUUAGAGGUAUAACUGUAAAGGAACUAGAAAAUGUUUACAGUAGAUUAGGAAUACAAUUUGAUGAUUAUCAUUGGGAGUCUGAUUAUAAUGGAGGUGUCAUAAAAAAAUUGAUGAAUACAUUAGAAGAGCAAAACAUUAUCAAAACUGAUGACACAGGCAAAAAAAUUGCAAGAGUUAAAGAUAGAGAUGUUACAGUGCUGAAAAGUGAUAAUUCUACUUUGUAUCUGUCCCGUGAUAUAGCAGCUUUAUUAGACAGGUAUGACAGAUAUAAAUUCGAUAAAAUGCUUUAUGUGGUUGAUAAUGCACAAACAGAUCAUUUUACUGCUCUGUUUGAUAUCAUGAAGAGAAUCAAUAAAAACUGUGUGGAAGGAUGUGAGCAUAUAAAAUUUGGGAGAAUCAAAGGCAUGAGCACUCGCACUGGAAAUGUUGUUUUUUUGAAUGAUAUAUUAGAUGAAGCCAAAAAGAAAAUGCAUGAGCAACAACAACAGUCUAAAAAUACAAGAGCCUCAGCAAUGAAUGAUAAAACAUGUGAAAUAUUGGGAACCACUGCAGUAAUCAUUAAUGAUUUAAAACAAAGAAGACAGAAAGAUUAUGUAUUUGAAUGGGAUAAAGCCUUACAAAGUGAGGGUGAUAGUGGAAUUAAAUUACAAUACUUACACUGUAGACUUUGGAGUUUAGAAAAUAACUGUGGUUUAACAUUACCUGAUGUUUGUGAACCAAAUAUUUUGACAGAAGAAAUUGUAGGUGUUGUUGUAGCAGAGUUAGCUAAAUUUGAAAAUGUUUUGAGCCGAGCUCUGAAUGAAAAUGAAGCUUGUAUUUUAGUGAGCUACCUUUUCCGAUUAGCUAGACAUGUGAAUAGAAUGUUUAAUGAGUUGAAAUUAAAAAAUGUGGACCGUGAUUUGGCUACCCAGAGAUUGUUAGUGUUCCAUUCAGCACGACUAGUGGUUAAAACAGGUCUUGAAGUAUUAGGUGUGCAACCUUUAUAUGAAAUGUGAUAUAACUGGAAAUAAAAUAAACUUGAAAAUAAUAGAUAUUUCUUU